CAUAUCCACUCGCGAAAGCCUCCCUCGAAUGUAGCAGACGACAGUCGUUGUGUUUACCCGAGAGGGCUUACCGAACAAUCACUUUUUCCAUUACAGAAAGCCCGGUUAGGCAUUAUAAUUGAGCUCCCGGUCUAGUUGAAGUGUGCACAUCGAGAUUGUUGAUUUGUUUGAAUUUAUUGCUAUUAUUGUUACAGUAUAAAGCACUAAAAAAUAAGAAUUAGGUAUCAGCGAACCGUGUACCAGGGUGCAGUAGGUUGAGUCUAAAUUUGAUAUUAGCACCAGCUAAUGCCGGUUAUGUGAUGUUGACUUGUGUGUCGGAAUCACGCUGUGUGUGAUCCGACCACUGCCCGGAUAAAAAAACUAACUUCACACGUGGACAUUAGGCAUAAAUGCGAAUCUGGUAAACCGGCAAGAUGGUACGAAGUUAUGAUGAGGAACUGAAGUUUUUGGAGAAAGUUGGUCCUGUAUGCUGGAAAAUUAAGAAAGGCUUCGUCAACAACAUGAAAGUCGAAGGACUGUUCUAUGUAAACGGUCAUCUCGAAAAGCUAAUGUUUGAAGAGCUACGCAACUCCUGCAGAGGAAACAUUGGCGGGUUUUUACCUGGAGUUAAACAGAUCGCAAAUGUUGCAGCUCUUCCCGGUAUUGUUGGACACUCAAUCGGUCUUCCAGAUAUUCACUCCGGAUAUGGCUUCGCCAUAGGCAAUAUGGCUGCAUUUGACAUGGACAACCCUUUGUCAAUUGUUUCUCCUGGAGGUGUAGGGUUUGACAUUAACUGUGGCGUUCGUCUGAUCCGAACCAAUCUCAUGGAGAAAGAUGUUAUACCAGUCAAGGAUCAACUAACCCAGUCCUUGUUUGACCACAUCCCGGUCGGUGUAGGAAGUAAAGGAAUAAUUCCAAUGAACGCAAAAGAUCUUGAAGAGGCACUUGAAAUGGGCAUGGACUGGUCACUAAGGGAGGGUUAUGCAUGGGCCGAGGAUAAAGAACACUGCGAAGAAUAUGGAAGGAUGCUAAAUGCUGAUCCAGCCAAGGUAUCAACAAAAGCAAAGAAACGCGGUUUGCCCCAAUUGGGCACUCUGGGUGCUGGAAAUCACUACGCAGAAAUCCAAGUAGUUGAUGAAAUUUUUGAUGCAAAAGCCGCUUCAAAGAUGGGAGUUGAAAAAAUGGGACAGGUGUGUGUAAUGAUACAUUCUGGGUCUCGCGGAUUUGGUCACCAAGUAGCAACCGAUGCGCUGCUAGAGAUGGAGAAAGCAAUGAAAAGAGACAAAAUUGAAGUCAACGACAGACAGCUCGGAUGCGCCCGUAUUCAAUCGGAAGAGGGCCAGAAUUACCUAGCUGCAAUGGCUGCUGCGGCCAACUUCGCUUGGGUUAACCGGAGCAGUAUGACAUUCCUUACGCGACAGGCCUUUGGGAAGAUGUUUAACACGACCCCGGAUGAUCUUGACAUGCAUGUUAUUUAUGACGUAUCACAUAACAUUGCUAAGGUCGAGGAACAUAUGGUCAACGGCAAAUUGCGCACUCUUCUUGUUCAUCGGAAGGGAUCGACUCGAGCAUUUCCACCCCACCAUCCACUUAUUCCAGUCGACUAUCAAUUAAGUGGUCAGCCAGUUCUCAUUGGCGGCACAAUGGGUACAUGUAGCUACGUGCUAACAGGAACUGCUGAAGGAAUGGAAAGAACUUUCGGGACGACGUGUCACGGAGCAGGUCGUGCACUAUCGCGAGCGAAGUCUCGCCGUAAUCUCGAUUACCAUGAUGUACUAAAAAUGCUCGCAAACAAGGGUAUUACCAUCAGAGUGGCGUCGCCCAAGUUGGUGAUGGAAGAGGCUCCAGAGAGCUACAAGAAUGUGACAGACGUGGUGAAUACUUGUCAUGAAGCCGGUAUCUCUUCAAAAUGCAUGAAACUCCGUCCCAUCGCAGUUAUUAAGGGAUAAACCAUCACCGUUUUGUAAAAACGGUCAUCAUAGAGUAACGUAUUUUACAAAUACGUUACUCUAUGAUAAUAUUAAAUAUUUAAGCAAGAGGUAUGCAUUGUAAAGGUUAGCAGCGCAUACCUCCAACAUAUAUAUAUAUAUAGAAAAAUCCUUAGAUGGAUAUAUCAUGCCUGUGCUUCUCGUAUAUAUAUAUAUGAGAAUCAUGCAUCAGGCAUGAUAUAUAUCUCUGAAGCGGCAUAUGUUAAUUAUAGUACCGUAAGAAAAUUCACAUAAAUGUUGGAGGUAUGCGCUGUUGACCUGUACAAUAUAUAUAUAUAUAUAUAUUACAUGCAUAGCUUUGUAUGUAAUAGAAUUUCAAAUGCGUUAGAUUUUUUAAACAUAAUAUGGAACAGAGGGGGCGUUGUCAAGUUGUAAAGACAAAUUAUUCAUUUACCCUCAAUAAUGGAGGGUGCAACUACACAUUCCGACUUGACAACAAUUAUACUGACCAGCCAGUUUUGGAAUGAACGAAUCAACGCGCUGAAAGUGAACAUGUAAACCGGAAUAUAUAUAUACAUAUACAUGGAACAAAUCAGUUAUAAUUGAUUU